AUGCCGGCAGUUGGUAUCGAUCUUGGAACAACCUACUCCUGUGUUGGGGUUUUCCAACAUGGAAAAGUAGAGAUCAUUGCGAACGAUCAAGGAAACCGCACAACGCCAAGUUAUGUGGCAUUCACCGACACCGAACGACUGAUUGGCGAUGCAGCAAAGAACCAAGUGGCCAUGAACCCGACCAACACUGUGUUCGAUGCGAAACGUCUGAUCGGUCGACGAUUUGAUGAUCCUUCUGUGACCGAGGACCGUAAACAUUGGCCGUUCGAAAUUGUUUCAGAAGGUGGUAUUCCAAAGAUUCGUGUCGAGUUCCGUGGCGAACAGAAAACUUUCUCGGCUGAAGAGAUUUCAUCGAUGGUGUUGAUGAAGAUGAAGGAGAUCGCGUCCGCAUACCUUGGCAAAGAUGUGAAAGAUGCAGUGGUCACUGUUCCGGCCUAUUUCAACGACAGUCAACGUCAAGCGACAAAAGAUGCCGGUGCGAUUGCCGGAUUGAAUGUGUUGCGCAUAAUCAACGAGCCGACUGCGGCUGCUAUCGCUUACGGUUUGGAUAAGAAANUCGACCGCUGGUGA